AUGGGGUCCUGCUGGCAAGUGUCACUGCUUCCCUCGCUGAGGGCUGGUAUCGCUGGGAGGUUUAGAUUCGAGAUGCAGGAUCCCAAGCAGCAGAUUCACAUUGCUGACGCGGUUACAGCAAAGCCGGUUGAGGGAAUGCAUCUGAAGAUGAGCCGGAUCGAGGGAUGGUAA